AUGAAGUUGGAGUAUCUGGUCGUCGGGGUCCUGUCCCUGUUGACCCCAUUAUCAGCAGCAUGGAGCAAAGAAGAUCGAGAAAUCUUUCGAAUUCGCGACGAGAUUGCCGCUCACGAAUCUGACACUGGCGCUACCUUUUACGAGGUCCUCGGCGUGGCGGCGUCUGCCUCCCUGGACGAUAUCAACAAGGCCUACCGCAAGAAGUCGCGCUCGCUGCACCCCGACAAGGUGAAGCAGCAGCUCCGCGCCGACGCCCAAGCCGCCAAGAAGAAGACCAAGAAGGAGGGCGAGGCGGCGGCGUCCAAGGGCCCCUCGCAGGCGCAGAUCCGCAAGGCCAUUAAGGAGGCGUCGGAGCGCCAGGCCCGCCUCUCGCUCAUCGCCAACAUCCUCCGAGGCCCAGCCCGCGACCGCUACGACCACUUCCUCGCCAAUGGCUUCCCGCUGUGGAAGGGCACCGAUUACUACUACAACCGAUACCGGCCCGGUUUGGGCACGGUGCUGGUGGGCGUCUUCAUCGUGGGCGGCGGCGCGAUUCACUACCUCGCGCUGUACAUGAGCUGGAAGCGCCAGAGGGAGUUUGUGGAGCGCUAUGUCACGUUUGCGAGGAACACGGCCUGGGGGAGUGGUGGGAUUCCUGGAGUCGAUGUUGCGCCUGCGCCUGAGCCGGCUCCUGCUGCUGCCGAAGAGGAUGAAGCCGCUGCUGCCGCGCCUCAGCCGAGGAACAGAAAGGAGAGGCGCAUGCAGGAGAAGGAGUCUCGGAAAGAGGAUGGCAAGCCUUCUUCCAAGAAGAGCCGCAAGGGCGCCUCCAAGAGUUCGUCGCGUGAUGCGUCCUCGGCGCCCGCCCCUGCUGGUGCUCGCAAGAGGGUUGUCGCCGAGAAUGGAAAGAUUCUCGUGGUAGACUCUCAGGGCGACGUCUUUCUGGAGGAGGAGGACGAAGAGGGCAACGUCAAUGAGUAUCUCUUGGAUCCGAAUGAACUCCUCAAGCCGACCUUUAGAGACACCGCCGUGGUUCGCGUACCCGCCUGGCUCUUCCAGCUGACAGUUGGCCGUUAUCUGCCAGGUUCUGCCUCAACUGAGACCGACGCCGCCGAAGAAGACUCGGAUAUUCCCCAGCACACGCCCCCCAGCUCCGAAUCCGCUGGCGAGGACUUUGAGCUGCUGGACAAGAGCACAGAUUCGCUAAGCAAGGCAAAGUCGUCCGGUUCCCAGGGAGGAAAGGCCGUCAAGCGAAAGUCCAACAAGAAGAGGUAG